GCUACACUUGUAGCUCGUGUUAUCCGUAUUUGUCAUAGAAGUCUAUUACAUUUGGAGGCAUGUGAUUUUUACUAGUCGAACAUAACAAAAACAUUGCUUUUAAUACUUUAAUAUUAAGAUAAAACUAGUGUGAAAAGAAAAUUAUAAAAAUAGUACAAUGCAAGAUCCAAACGAAGAUACAGAAUGGAAUGAUAUUCUUAGGAGAAAGGGUAUUAUUCCUGAAAAAGCCAAAGAAAAGGAAGUAACGGAAGAUCAAAUAUUAGACAUUGUAGAGAAUACGAUAAAUGAAAAAACAGGACGCACUACUAAUGAUUUAGAAAGUAAAACCUUAGAUGAAUUGGAUGAGUUGGAAGACGAAGAGGAUGAAAAAUUUCUUUUAGAAUUUAGACGUAAAAGGAUAGCGGAGAUGAUGGCAUUAGCAAAUAAAAGCAAGUACGGAGUAGUUAAGGAAAUAUCAGGCCAGGAUUACGUCCAAGAAGUUAAUAAUGCAGGAGAUGUUUAUGUAGUUUUACAUUUAUAUAAAUCAGGAAUUCCUUUAUGCUCGCUUGUCAAUCAACAUUUAGCUUCGUUAGCAAGCAAAUUUCCCGCAACAAAAUUUCUCAAAAGUAUUUCUACUACUUGCAUACCUAAUUGGCCAGAUAGAAAUCUUCCAACUAUUUUUGUAUAUUACCAAGGAACCAUGGUUAAAAAAUUCAUCGGACCAAUAGAAUUAGGUGGAAUGAAACUUACGGAAGAAGAAUUAGAGUGGAUGCUUGGUGAAACUAAAGCUAUAACAACAACGUUAAAAGCCAAUCCUCGAGUAAAUCGUCCGCAAGUAAAAGAUGUAUUAUUUUCUGAAUUAGAGAGCGAUAGAAAUGAUUGGUAACUUAUUUUGAAUUAAUGUUACUUUUUAAAAAUAAUACUACAUAUAAUAUAAGGUGCUAAAAGUGUGAAUAUCUUGUAUAAUGACAAAAGUGGCAUUUCAAUUGAUAUAUCUAUUUGUUUAAAAAAGUGUAUACACAUAUACACAUUUAUCACUAAUUAAUAUCACUAAAAAUCUUCUUGCUAAUGUCGUGUAACGGAAUAAAACAAUUAAUUUUCAUAAUUUA